AUACAAUAUAAUACAGUUACUGUUAUUAUUUGGUCGCUCAUACGUCCAAGUCUCGCGAUAGCAUACCUGAGUUUGAGCUGGCGGUCGGCGUUGUCACCUGAGGCUCGGGACUGGAGCAGGAGACCGGGGACGAGAGUAUACGUGAGGAUGUCUUUGAAUGAUGAGGGUUAUGUGGUUCGGAUCAGAGGACUACCCUGGUCCUGCACACAGGAGGAGGUGGCCAGUUUCUUUUCUGAUUGUGACAUCAUUGGUAAAGUAGACGGAGUGUGCUUCACCUACUCUAAAGAAGGCCGUCCCAGUGGAGAGGCAUUUAUUGAGCUGAAAACAGCAGAAGACUUUAAGAAUGCUCUUGUCAAGGAUCGUAAAUACAUGGGACAUCGAUACAUAGAAGUUUUCAAGUCAAACCGUAGUGAAAUGGAGUGGGUGCUGAAACGAAGUGGUCCUGCUGACUAUGACAGCUGCAGUGGUUGCAUGCUGAGACUUAGAGGCCUGCCCUUUGGCUGCAGCAAGGAGGAGAUUGUUCAGUUUUUCUCAGGGUUGAGAAUCGUGCCAAAUGGGAUUACUCUGCCAGUGGACUACCAGGGGAGGAGCACAGGGGAAGCCUUCGUGCAGUUUGCCUCAAAGGAGAUAGCAGAAAAGGCUCUGGGGAAACACAAGGAAAGAAUAGGGCACAGGUAUAUAGAGAUUUUUAAGAGCAGUCGCAAUGAGAUCAAGGCGUACUACGAGCUGCCUCGACGAGGGAUGGGAGCCCAGAGACCAGGACCGUACGACAGACCCAUGAUGACGACGGGACCCAGAGGAGGGUUUUUCGCACCGGGGAUUGGUCGUGGUGGGACUCUGAUGAACACCAUGAGGAGUAGAGGAGGUUACGGUGGAGGUUAUAGUGGCUUUGACAACUACAACGGUUUCAACAACUACUGCUUUGGAAACGGAAUGUUUGAUGAGCGAGUGAGAGGAGAGAGGGGAGGAAGAGGAAUGGGAGGCCACGCUUACAGCGGUCAAGUUGAUGCCGGCUCAGGCUUUCACAGCGGCCAUUUUGUUCACAUGAGGGGUCUGCCUUUCCGUGCCACAGAGGGAGACAUUGCUAAGUUUUUCUCUCCUUUGAAUCCACUGAGGGUUCACAUCGAUGUGGCUCCUAACGGCAAAUCAACCGGAGAGGCAGACGUGGAGUUUCGCGCCCAUGAAGAUGCUGUGGCGGCCAUGUCCAAAGACAAGAACCACAUGCAGCAUCGCUACAUUGAGCUGUUCCUCAACUCAACAUCAAGUGGAGCUUCAGAAAUGAGUCGUGGCGGCGGCGGUUACUACAGUAACUCAGGAGGAGGUGGAAGCUCGCGGAGCAGCGGACUGCGAGGUGGAUACUGAUGAUGUCGUCCCGCUCCUCCCGUCCGUCCACCCUGGUGUUUGUCUCAUUUCUCUUUAGGACACAUUUACUCCGGUUAUGUUUCUGAGCAGGAAAGCUGAUACAAAGUCACUCAUUUGUUACGUUGGAGCCGGUGUUGUAACUGUGGGCGUCGCAGUGUAUCGUCGCCCUUACGACUGACAAACCAAAAAAAUGACCUUAACGGGCCUUUCUUUCGCACACCAUUCCUUAAAGCAAAUGAAGAACAAAACAGCGUUUAACAACGCUUUAAAUGUUGGAGCUGUUGUCGGUGCUGAAUAUCGUCGGAGAGUCACUUGUUUUAUGUUUUAAUUUGGCUUCACCCUUAAUUAAUGUUGUUUAAUGUCUGGCAGAUGUUGGCAGAUGCAGGUCAUGAGUUUUGUCAGGACUGACCUUUUGUCACGUUUGAAUCCAAGCCAGUUCAUCAUAACACACGUUUGGCUUGAAUGAUGCAUCCGGGUGCCUGUUUUAGGAGAGGCAACCUCAAAAACAAGCAACUGUGAGUAAGAAGUAUUUUAUUUAAUUCCUCAGUUCUUGGGGUUUCGUUUUAGCCAAACAUUUAACCGACCAUCACAAGUUUAAACCUCAGCUUUCCUGCUUUGAAGGUUUUGAUGAAUGUGAGCUGUUGUGGGUUUUUUUAAAUGAAUGUUUUCACAGUUAAUUAUAGAGUUUAAAAACUAAAUUGAAUAUUAUAUUCCACUCUGUGAGAGUGGAAGUGGAAAUAAAGUAUAUAUUUGAGCUGUAAGAUAGCUUAUGCAGCUGUUGUACAUUUUGCCUAAUAAAUUUUAUAUUUAAUUCUC